UUCGCAUAUACUGAGGAUCUAGAGCUUGAUGAAUUUAUUAUGGAGCAACUAUGGCAAGCCAGUGGUUGGGUGCACCAAAACAGCUUUGGGUAUUUGAAAAGGUUGACUGUAGAGGGAUGUGAUAGUGUAGUGCAUGUAAUUCCAUCUCAUUUGCUUUCUUGCUUUCAUAAUUUGGAAGAGUUAGACGUAAGGGAUUGCGAAGCAGCAGAGGUGAUAUUUAAUAUGAAUGAUGAGAACAGGGUGAUGAUAACAAAAGCUUCUCCAAUAUUCCGUCUGAAAAGGUUGUAUCUAUAUGAUCUACCAAAUCUGGAGCAUGUAUGGGAGAAGGAUCCGGAGAGAAUUAUGGGCCUUCAAGCGCUAGAGGAAAUGUCUGUUAUAUAUUGUGAGCGUCUUAAAAGUUUGUUUCCAGCAUCCUUGGCCACCAGAGAUCUCACCACACUUGAGGUAAUAAAUUGUAAGGAAUUGAGAGAGAUAUUUGGGAAGGAUGAAAAAGUUGGAGAAGGAACAACACAACACUCUGCGUUUCCUCCUCUCACCACAUUGAAGCUGUACCAAUUGCCAUCCCUCGAAUACUCUAUCCACUGCUCCAAACAACAGGAGAGUACAUCAAAUUUGAGUGAGGGAGAUAUACAAGAGAUAUGUCUUGGCUCACGGUCCAUUCCAAACUCCUACUUCUGUCUCUUAGAAUCUCUAACUCUUGAUGGUUGCGAGUUUUUAACCGAUGUACUGCUACCAUUCAAUUUGCUUCCUUUCUUAACUAAUUUGGAAACGUUGGAAGUUCGAUACUGUGAUUCUGUCGAAAUCAUCUUUGAUGUCAAAUGUACAACACAAGACAGAGAGGUGGCAUCUAUGAGACCAACCCUUCCUUUUUCCCUGAAGAAAUUGACUUUAUCCAACUUGCCAAAUCUGAAGAAUGUUUGGAAUGGAGAUCCUCUAGUAAUUCUUAGUAUGCACCAUUUACAAGAAGUUUGUGUUAAAGAAUGCGAAGGCCUUACAAGUGUGUUUCCAGCAUCAAAAGAAAAAUAUCUUCUGAAACUUGAAAAUCUAGUAGUGAGAUACUGCGGAGGAUUGAUGACUAUUUUUGGAGAGGAUAAUAUAGAUCCAAGAACAAAGCUAGAGCUUACAUGUCCCUUUGUGAGAUCAUUGGAGCUUGAGGGUUUGCCCGACUUCAAGUAUUUUUACUACAACUCUCUGUAUACUGACAUUUUUACAGAUCUAGAAUCACAUACCGAGAAUAAAGUCGGUAGUGAAAAGUUAUUAAAGUGCUUGUCAUUGGGGAAAAAUGGAGUAAAUAUGAUUUUGCAAGGAGAAUUUCAGCCAAACCUCCUAGACAACAUAAAAGCACUUACUCUGUGCUUGGGUUCAGAUUUAUUUGGAUAUGGAAUACUAGAACGGUUUCCAAAUAUAGAGAAACUUGUGGUGCGUGAUGGUUCCUUCAAGGAGAUCUUCUGUUCUGAAAGUCCUAAUAAUGUCUUACAUCAGCUCAAAGUAUUACAGUUGGAGUCCCUUGGAGAGCUGGUUUCCAUUGGGCUAGACAACUUUUGGACUGAUUCCUUUGUCAGAAACUUAGAAACCUUUGAAGUCAUUAGUUGUGAGAGUUUAGAAAACUUGGUAGCAUGCACAGUGUGUUUCUCCAAUCUGAUAUGUUUGAAAGUAGAAGGUUGUCAUAGCUUAUCAUAUUUGUUGACAUCCUCAACAGCCAAGAGUUUGGGUCAACUGAAAAGAAUGGAGAUAAAAUGGUGUAGAUCAAUUGAAGAGAUAGUGUGUAAGGAGGAAUCAGAUGAGGAUGAGAUAAUAUUUCCGAAGCUCAGUUGUUUAAAUCUUGAAUGGAUAGGGGAGCUGGGAAGGUUCUACAGAGGGAGUUUAAGUUUCCCAUCCUUGGAGGAACUGUCAGUAACAUAUUGUGAAAAGAUGAUAACUUUUUGUGUGGGUACAGUGAAAGCAGACAAGUUGUCUCAAGUUCAACUUGAUAAGUUCUCAGAAGCUAUUCAAUUGGAAAUCGAUCUGAACUCUACAUCUGAUAGCAUGCAAAAAAGCUUGGUAGCAUGCAAAAAAGGAGUGUCUUUCUCCAAUCUGACAUGUUUGAAAGUAGAAGAUUGCGAUAGCUUAUCAUAUUUGUUGACAUCCUCAACAGCCAAGAGUUUGGGUCAACUGAAAAGAAUGGAGAUAAAAAGGUGUAGAUCAAUUGAAGAGAUAGUGUGUAAGGAGGAAUCAGAUGAGGAUGAGAUAAUAUUUCCGAAGCUCAGUUGUUUAAAUCUUGAAUGGUUAGGGGAGCUGGGAAGGUUCUACAGAGGGAGUUUAAGUUUCCCAUCCUUGGAGGAACUGUCAGUAACAUAUUGUAAAAAGAUGAUAACAUUUUGUGUAGGAAGUGUAGACGCAGGCAAGUUGUGUCAAGUAAAAUUUGGAUCCGAAGAGGUUAUUCCAUUGGAAACCGAUCUCAACUCAAUUAUGUGGGAGAAAUAUCUGAGAAAGACGCUAGGAGAAUCAUGGCUUGAUCUCGACAGAAGUAAACCAGAACUAGGAGAGAUAUGGCGUGGCUCACUGUCUAUACCCAACUUCUGUUUCAGAGAGUUGGUCACAUUGAAGGUGAAUGAUUGUCUGUUUUUAUCGGAUGCAGUGUACCCUUCCAUUUAUUUCCCCUAUUAUCCAAAUUGCAAACAUUGAAAGUUCGAAACUGUGAUUCUGUCAAAGUCAUAUUUGAUGAUGUCAAAUGUUCAACACAAGACACUUUAAUUACUUUUUCUAUGAAGAAAUUGGUUUUAUCGAAC